AUGCCCAUCCAGAUCUUCUGCUCUGUGUCAUUCUCCUCUGGAGAGGAGGCCCCAAAGCCUGUGGGAGAUGUCUGGGGUCCUCACCAGCAGCAGCAUCAGGACAACUCUGAAUCAGAAGAUGAGGAAGAAGAGAAGGAGAAGGAAGUGUCAAGGAAGGACGCCAAAGAGGGGGACUUGCCUGUGGACUUGGUGGCCUUUGCCAAUAGCUGCACCCUACAUGGCGCCAGCCAUGUCUUUGUGGAAGGGGGUCCAGGGCCAAAGCAGGCUCUGUGGGCAGUGGCCUUUAUCCUAGCACUGGGUGCCUUCCUGUGCCAGGUAGGGGACCGUGUUGCCUAUUACCUCAGCUACCCGCAUGUGACUCUGCUAGAUGAAGUGGCCACCACGGAGCUGGCCUUCCCAGCAGUCACCCUCUGCAACACCAACGCUGUGCGGCUGUCCCAACUCAGCUACCCUGACUUGCUCUACCUGGCCCCUAUGCUGGGACUGGAUGAGAGUGAUGAUCCUGGGGUGCCCCUUGCUCCUCCUGGGCCAGAGGCUUUUUCUGGGGAACCCUUUAAUCUGCAUCGUUUCUACAAUCGCUCCUGCCACCGGCUGGAGGACAUGCUGCUCUAUUGCUCCUACUGCGGGGGGCCCUGUGGCCCUCACAACUUCUCAGUGGUCUUCACACGGUAUGGAAAGUGCUACACAUUCAACUCAGGCAGAGAUGGACGGCCUCGGCUGAAGACUAUGAAGGGCGGGACUGGCAAUGGGCUAGAGAUCAUGCUGGACAUCCAGCAGGAUGAGUACCUGCCUGUAUGGGGGGAGACUGAUGAGACGUCCUUUGAAGCAGGCAUCAAAGUACAGAUCCACAGUCAGGAUGAACCUCCUUUCAUCGACCAGCUGGGCUUUGGCGUGGCACCAGGCUUCCAAACCUUUGUGUCCUGCCAGGAGCAGCGGCUCAUCUACCUGCCCCCGCCCUGGGGCACCUGCAAAGCUGUUACCAUGGACUCGGAUUUCUUCGACUCCUACAGCAUCACCGCCUGCCGCAUUGACUGUGAGACCCGUUACUUGGUGGAGAACUGCAACUGCCGUAUGGUGCACAUGCCAGGAGAUGCCCCAUACUGCACUCCAGAGCAGUACAAGGAAUGUGCGGAUCCUGCCCUGGACUUCCUGGUGGAGAAGGACCAGGAGUACUGUGUGUGUGAAAUGCCCUGCAACCUGACCCGCUAUGGCAAGGAGCUGUCCAUGGUCAAGAUCCCCAGCAAAGCCUCAGCCAAGUACCUAGCCAAGAAGUUCAACAAGUCUGAGCAGUACAUAGGGGAGAACAUCCUGGUGCUGGACAUUUUCUUCGAAGUCCUCAAUUAUGAGACCAUUGAACAGAAGAAGGCCUAUGAGAUUGCAGGGCUCUUGGGUGAGCUUAUGAUGGCACCUGUCCCUUUCCAUCAUGGGCAUGGUGUGGCUCCCUACCACCCAAAUCAGG